GGAGACCGCCCCAAACGUAUAAAAUACUCUCUAUCCUUUUUUUUUGGUAAAUAAAAUACUCUUUCCUUCGUUCAGGGACACCCCCGGUUGCGUGCUAAUAAACCACCACCACCUUCUCUCCGUCUCCAAUCUCCCAUGGCUUUCUUUCGUUCGGUCUCUCGCUGUCUCCUCCGGAGGCAACCCAAGCCCCACACCUCUCUCUGGCGAUCGCUUUCCGGCGCCGCCUCCAAGGAGGAGAGGGUCGACGUCGCCGGCUAUAACGUCGCCGGCGGUCCGUCCUUCAUGCGGGGAACCGUCUUCUGGGAGCCCAACCGGCCCCUCACCAUCGAGGAGUUCCACAUGCCCCGCCCCAAAGCCGGCGAGCUCCUCAUCAAGACUAAAGCUUGUGGAGUCUGUCAUUCUGAUCUUCAUGUCAUGAAAGGUGAACUUCCCUUUUCAAGUCCUUGUGUUGUUGGUCAUGAAAUAACUGGAGAGGUUGUUGAUCAUGGUGCAUACACAGAUACUAGGGUUAUAAAGAGGUUCCCUAUUGGAAGUCAUGUUGUUGGAGCAUUUAUAAUGCCUUGUGGUAACUGCUUCUUCUGUGUGAAGGGUCAAGAAGAUCUUUGUGAGGCUUUCUUUGCCUACAAUCGUGCAAAGGGAACACUUUAUGAUGGCGAAACCCGACUAUUUCUGCGCAGCAGUGGAAAGCCGGUCUACAUGUACAGUAUGGGAGGACUUGCUGAAUAUUGUGUUGUACCAGCUAAUGCAUUGGCUGUUCUUCCUAACUCACUGCCGUACACCGAAUCAGCAAUUCUAGGAUGUGCAGUCUUCACCGCCUAUGGUGCCAUGAGACAUGCAGCUGAAAUGCGAGCUGGUGAUUCAAUUGCUGUAAUUGGAGUUGGUGGUGUUGGAUCAAGUUGUUUGCAGAUCGCAAAGGCAUUUGGGGCUGCAGAGAUUAUUGCAGUUGAUGUUGUAGAUGAAAAACUUCAAAGUGCAAGAAUGCUUGGAGCAACACACACAAUAAAUGCAUUGAAAGAAGAUGCUGUCGACAAGAUCAAGGAAAUCACUGGAGGAAUGGGAGUGGAUGUGGCGGUAGAAGCAUUGGGAAAACCAUUAACAUUUGUGCAGUGCACUAAAAGUGUACGAGACGGAGGGAAAGCUGUUAUGAUAGGACUUGCUCCAACGAAUGCCAUGGGUGAGGUAGAUAUAACUCGUCUUGUCCGCAGACAGGUUAAGAUAGUUGGUUCAUAUGGGGCGAGAGCAAGACAAGAUCUUCCCCAAGUGGUGAAGCUUGCAGAGACUGGCAUUUUCAAUCUCCAGAAUACUGUAUCAAGAAAAUGCAAAUUCGAGGAAGCAAAUAGCGCAUACGAGGAUCUUGACCGUGGGAAAAUUGUUGGACGAGCAGUAGUUGAGAUCAUGUAGUUGAAGAUGCAUAGGCAGUUUGGUUUUGGCAUGACAUUAUCUUUUGCCUGGAUAAUUAUCUGUCACAAUUAGCCAGCACAUUAAGGGAUAAAGUGUUCUUCCUAGAGGUCAAUCACUGUCUUUUUCCAUGCGGACAAUAAAACUAAUAAAAAAAUUAAUUUUAUUACA